GCAAUUCAGCCCACCACAAAGAACAACCAUGUUUUAGCCGGCCACGUUUUUGAAGCCUUUACUGCAACAGACUGGUUCAACUGUCUACAAACCUGCCAUGAUGAUCCAAGAUGCAUCUCGUACAACUACCAGAGAUCGGCAGAAGCCAACGGUCUGUGUGAAUUGAAUGACUGUGGAAUUGAAGACUUUUGCGACAGAGAAGGGUCUCUCUUUCACUCCCCAGGAUUUGUGUUUCAGCAGAUAAGGACGAGUAAAGUGAGUGCUGUAUUAAGUAAAACAAGGUUGUAAUUCUGAUGCAGUAGUCGACGUCAUUUGUUGCAGUUCGCAGCUCAAACUAGCUUUCAUUUUAGCCAGCAAGUACAGUCACAGGUUUAAUUUUAUUUAUUUUGAAUUCAAUUUUCUGUGAGGCAGCCAAAGCCAGGGACGUUACUGUUUGUUAGUCAAAAUAAUUUCACAUUCGACGAAAGCUCUUGGGAUCAUGGGUAUCUCAAACAUGAAACCUAUUUUCCAUCUACUUCGGCUUUUUCUACCAGAAAUAAAGACUUCCUCUUUUAAUUCUUCAUUUUAGGAAUGCAAACAUGUUUGUCUUUCUGCUAAUUUCCAUGCACUUUUAAUAUUUUCUCUAGGAAGCGUUUUAAAUCUAAGACGUUUUAUAGACACCCUUUCCUUCUUCAAUCUAUCCAUUAAUUUCAUUAUUUGCAGGCUUAAGUUUUAUUUGAUCAGUUAAACCAAUGUUUAUAUUACUUAAAAUUGCAGAGAAAUACGUCCGCUCGGUGCUUUUGCUCUUGAGUUUUUCUGUUUGAAUGUUUGCCUAAAUUGUUUAUCACUGCUGUCGGAAGCGUUAGCUAAUCGAAUAUAUCGGCUUUUUCACAUGCCUUGUCUUAGUCAUGUUAAUUAUCAUUUGUUCAAAAAUGUUCAAACGAUAUGCAGGUGUCAAUUUGCCUUGCCUUUGCGUUAAGCUCUAAAUAUUCUUAUCCAAUUUUGAGUAUAGAAAAACCAGAAUUUAUUUUCAAUUUUUUGUUUCGAUAUUCUCUGAAGAAGUUUUUUUUUACAAAGCUGAUAAACAAAGACUUUUUAGCGAACAUAUUCUUGUCAAUCAUCUGGAUAUUUUUUUAAAAUUACCAUUACUGAAGGCUCAGUCAGACGCUAAGCUAAAUCAUUUGAAGAGGAGCUGCAUACAUUGGAGAUUACUCAAAAAGUUAUUUGCAUAAUUACCGGCUUGAAAUUAAACAUUGGUUAUUAAAACGUAGUUUUGUACAAACGUUUAUUUGAAAAGCUUUAUCUCACCUAUGUCUAAUUUUCGAUGUUCUUUUAAUCUAAAACCUAUAUCCCGCAGACUGACGAGUGUGCCACUUCAGAGAAGGAAAACAUCUGCGCACUGAAUGACUCAGGUGACCAAUUUAAUUCUCUUAAAAACUCGUCAUGCAAUUUACAGAAUUGAAGGCUAGAAAAAUAGUGAGUUGUUGGUUAAUUACUACUAAAAGCUAGUUUUAACUUUAUGUUUGAUCUGACGAAUCCGAAGCAAACGGUUUUUUAAGACUGACACCCUCAUUAUCUUGUCGGAAAUAUGACCGCAGCGCAUAAAGGGAAGGCUGUGUAAAAACACCGUCAAUUAUGAAAUAGCUUAAAAACUACGGGCGCCCUGAUUGGUCAAAACAUAUCGCUCCGAUAAACUCAUAGACAGUUAAAAAUUUUCUCAUUUUUGUUAAAGUAAUAAAUCGCUCUUUCUAUCGGUUGCCGGCCAAAUAAACCACUUGCAAAGUUAGAAGAUUACGUGGUAAGUUUGUUGGAUAGUUGGGCCGCUACUAUCAGCUAAACACCAAAGCCACACAAAUGAAGCGAGGCAAAUUUUAGCAUCCAACUAGAACCUGAGAGGUGCGGUUUUGAAUUCCGUUGAAACCUGUUUUUAGCAGGCUUCCGUUUCUAAACGAGUUUUUAAAUAUCCAGCACAGCUGCGAAGAUCAUUUUUUUACUUGAUAGUAAUUUACUUUAGACUUGAGAAAUUAUAAUACUAAUAGAACUAAGUCUCCAUUUCAGUUCCCAUGAUUCCGCCUCAAAAUGUUAAAGAGGUGAACAAGACGAUAACCAGUCUUUUCAUCACGUGGGAUGUUGUACCAACCAAUCAGACUCUCGAAUUGAUCCCAGAAUUCAAAGUGAUUUACUCCUUAAGGUCCGGUAAGAAGGAAAUUAAUAGGAGUGUGGUUAAAGCUCCCUUGCCUUACAUCAACCUUACAGGAUUAAAAAUACACAGAAGGUACAACAUAACAGUGUUAGUAUUCAAUCAAUGUGGGGAUGGUCCUUCCAGCGCGAUGCUUUCAGCAAAGACAGACGAAGACAGUAAGUUUUGACAUACUGUUUUACAUUGUAUCAAUCUCUGUUGCUGUUCGCUACCUAACUGCAUACCUACCCCCAAGCGACCUGCCUACCAUCCUUUUUAUCUAAAUGUUUACCCCUUCUUUUCUCUGCUUUCUGCAAAUGUACUUACGAAACAAGCGUUGCAGGAGGAGGACAGCUCUGACUGAAGAGCUGCGUUCCAUCACAUAAUGAGAAGUUGAACCUAACUACCAACCUCCCCACUUAUCUACCUACCUAACCAUUCCUUCUCUACCUACAUUCUUAUCUAUUCAUUUACUUUCCUUCCUGUCGCAUCUUAGCUACCUACCAACCUAUCUACGUCUCGAUGUUCCUACCGAUUAACCUGCUUCCCUGCUUACCCACCUAUGGUCGCCUACCCACCUACUGUCCUACUCUGCUUCCUUUCCACCCCCCCCCCCACCCCCCCCCCCACCCACUUAUAUAUCCACUCCCCCAUCUAAUCGUCCGCCUAUCUACCCACCAACCUUCCUAUCUGACGACUGUGCCCACCUUUCUAAGUAAUUACUUAAAAUCGACUUCCAUGCUCACAAACCGGCAACCUACCUACUCACCAGUGAAUAAAGGAGGCUUGUUCCUGAAGAAACUGUGGUGCUGCGUCUGUGGGAGAGUAUAACAUGGUAAUUUGUUAUUAUCAACUGAGUUGAUAACGUAAAUUGGCCACCGUAAAGAGUUUCAAAGCUGACGUUUCGAGCGCUAACCCUUCGUCAGAGCGAAUGACGAUAAUACUUAAGUACUACCAGCCAAUGUACCAAUCUACCUACAUAGCCAUUACUUACCGCUUGCCUGCUCACCUGCUUACUUUCUGGACUGAUCAAUUGCGUUACAUUCUGAUGCCUCUCUUUCUAUACAUGUAAGGACCCAAAGCAGCACCCCAAAAUUUAUCAGCUGAGAGACAGAACUCAACAAGCAUAUUGGUCAGUUGGGAUAGAGUACCAAAUGGUAAACGAGAUGGGACAAUCAUAAGUUACAGAGUGAAUUAUACCCGAUCAAAGGAGGGAGCAGAAAGAAUGAGUAAAGAAGUAGACAAAGCAAAGCGGUUACUCUUGUUGACAAACUUAGAGGCGGAUUCAGAAUACGCAAUAACAGUGUCGGCGUCAACUAGUAAAGGGUACGGACCGGCCAGUGAACCUGUUAAGGUGAAUGGAACAUAA